AAAUGGCAUCUGAGUUUUAAUCACCGGAAACAAUAUUUAAAAUCUGCUAGUCUCGUUGAACGGUUGCUCACUACAUAUUCGCAUUAUAAAUCAGCGCACGGAUAUCAACUAAUCGACAUUGAUUAUCGUCUCCUAGAGGUUGGUGCAACGGAUGGAAUCGAUAAACUGGAUUCGAUUACUCCAGCGAUUGUAACGUACAUUGCUCGAAAGGGAACCGAUCCAUCGGUUGUCAAACUUGUAAAACAUCUAACGAAUAGCAGCACCAACAAAGACGUUAAACUAUGCGCUCUUCUACUUGGCUUGAGCACGGUUUUGCCACCUCUUAUAGUUGGACGACGGUUCAAACCAACUAUUUAUAUGGCACAGCAUGACACGAUUCUCUUCGUCGAAUCCAUCGAAGAAAUAACUGCGAAAGUUCAAGAGACGUAUGCAUCAUAUGCAGAAAGAAAAAUAGCGGUUGUUCCAAAGCUGGUUGUACUCGGAACCGGAAUAGAUAAUAUCGAAGGACGUUUCUUCGUGUGUUUUUCGGACGUCUGUUACGAACUACCAUCUAUCGCUAGAGCCACGGACGUGCUGAUAAAACUAUCAGUUGUUUUUGGACUGCCGUACUCUAAAGUGUCAAAACUUAUUUGGCACUUCAUUGCCAACUCAGCAUACGGCAUAGAACGUCCUGAAUCAUAUGUGACCAUAAUUCGCCUUAAAGCAUACUUAGAAGCCACCAAGGAGCAACAUUAAAGAUGAUGUUCCCUUGUAUGAUAAAAACCUGCAGUCAUGCGUUCCUAUCAGUAGAUUUAUACCUGGAACAUAUCAAAGAGUAUCAUCGUGUACCGGUGGACUACCGGUACGAAUGUACUGGACCAUCAUGUAGAC